AAACAACAUUGUAAAAAUCAAUUUUACAAUACACAAUCAAAUACUUUAAAAACAAUACUACAAAUAAAAUAAAGUUUAUUACAUUCAACCAACAAAUAAAAAAAGAAACAAACAAAAACAUCAACAUGAAUCCCGAGAAUAUCAACAACUUCAACUACACCACCAACACCAUCAAUGGGGAGUAUUGCUAUUCCUGCCAGCAUUACCUACCUGCAGGUAUGCAAUGGCAUUUCCACGCUCGCACUGAUAUACAUAAAUACAAGUCUAUCCGUCCGGUGGACGGAAGAAUCAAGCAGAUUGUGAAUGGAUACAAGGGACGUAUUCUCCAAUACAUGUUUGAGAAUGAGGGAGCGGAUGUAAGGAUGCCUAUGGAAUUCCUAAAUGAGGCUGGAUUAGCACUGAUCCCUCACUUGGAAUGCGUGAUGACUACCCACCUAUCAUCCAAAUGCAAUUUUGAGUUGUUUGCUGAGUACAUGCUAAUAAAAGAGUAUGAUAUUCAACAAGAAAUAAAAUCGUUCCAGAGCACAAUGUCUCAGGUUACGACUGGAUCCGACUUCACCCGCUUCUUUGAAUUACAUAAAAAUGUGAUAGACGCAAAAAUGAGUGAGUUUCAGGAAAAGGAUAGUGGAUGGACCUUGACACGAAUUAUUAGGCUGGAGCUUAAUGUUUACAAAUGUGAUCCGACAAAAGGAUCUAAUCAUUUUGAGCUUCCGCUUAAAUUAAAAAAUAGAAAGGCAGUUGUUAAUGUACAAAACAAAGAUGCUUUCUGUUUUAAGUGGGCAAUUAUAUCAGCCCUCAAACCAAUAAGUAGAUCAUACCAUUGUAAUAGUUAUGGUGUUGAGAUUACGUCUCCAAUAAUUGAGGUGAAUAACAUAAAGAUUGACUUCAAUGGAUUAACAUUCCCGAUGGAAAUUCGAAAAAUAAAAGAGUUCACUCAACGAAACCCUCACAUAAGUUUAAAUGUUUUCGGGUAUGAUGAGGAAUCUGACAAAAUAAUUGGACCACUUUACUGCGAUGGAGUGGAAAUGAGAAUCCACAUUAAUUUGUUAUUCGUCGACGGACCAACGGCGGGUAUUCAUGGACACUAUGUGUGGAUUAAAAAUAUUUCAUCUCUACUUGCCAAACAACUGGGUAAACAUCGAGUUAAGCGUUGGUUCUGUAAUCAAUGCUUACAAUACUCGACGAGUGAGGAGAGGGCGGCUCAACAUACAUUGAGAUGUAGUCGGAUGGUUACCGAGGGACCAAGAAAGGAUCAGAAGAUCACCUUUAAAAAUCAUCACCGUCAGUUGGAGGUUCCGUUCGUCGUGUAUGCAGACUUUGAAUGUAUAUUGGAACCAGUAUCAUUAGAUGAAAAAUAUGCUAGAAAUCAGGUUUUUGGAUACUAUCAGAUUCAUGCCCUCUAG